AUGAUAUCGUUCUUAAUUAAGCAAUUAUUAUUGCUUACUCUUUUAUCACUUGCUAAAGUAGUAUUUGGCAAUGAAGUAACAGAAUUUCCGUUUAAUUAUCGGACCGGUAAAUUAAAUCAGUUUGUCGGAUUUGCAACACCACAUUCUCCACCACCAACUAAUGGUCCAUUUAUAUAUGGUUCGGUGUGGGCAUCAUGGUCAGCAUGGUCAUUUUGCGUGAACAAGGUACGUGUACGUGUACGUGCGUGUAAUACAGUACGAGGAUUUUCAUGUCUUGGUAAAAAGCAGGAAUUCAUGGAAUGUGACUUAGAUUAUAUGCAACCAGCAGUACAAGAAUCCGACUAUACGGCAGUUGAUCCAUGGGAAGAAGAUCGAAAAGAAGCUAUGAAGCAACUUUAUUCUCAUAAAUAUUCAUCAGAUCAAUCAGAAAAAGUGAAUUCAGAUGAGAAUAAAAAUAAAUUUAUUCCACGUGAAUCAGAAAUACGUCGACGUGAACGAGUGAGAGUAACAACAAAAGAAUCUCAUAAUGAUUAUCAGUCGAUGACGCAAGAAGCAGUGUUAAAUGAUAAACAAAUCACAUCAACAUUAGCUACUACUCGAGAUUUCAAUACUAAAACAAUAGGACAAUCAUUAUCACCAUCAUUAUCAAAUGCUAUAAUUACCACUGAUAUGCCAUUAUCAUCUAAUACUAAUAAACAACAACAACAAAAGCAACAUCCUUCUGAAUCACUUGAUCAAAUACCUGUACCAGCAUCGAUCAGACGACAAUCACCAGUUGCAUCUGAGUCAUCACUUAUGCAAUCAGUCCAUCGGUCACCGCAAAUUUCACAUUUGUCGGAUGGAUCAAAAUCAGCACAAUUUGAUCAGAAUGAACGAUCAGUGCUUUUUACAGCAACAGAACGAAUUUUAAUUGAUGAACAUGAAAAUGAACCAAUUUUAUCAGUUAAUGAUAAUGAAAUGAACACAGCAGCAAUACCAUCAAAAGUUUUAGUAUGGAUGCCACCUGGUAUUACUACAUGGAUUUCACAUGAGACAACCAAUGCUAAUGAUAACUUUCCUAAUAUUAUCACAACAACAACAACAACUAGUAAUAAUUUAUUAAAUUCGAUUAAAUCUAAAACAUUUAUAUCAGAAAUGAAUAAAAUAUCAUCAUUAUCAACAACAAUACCAAUAACAACAACGAAUACAAUGAAAAUGUCAAAAGUUGAAGCGAAAAUUCCAUCAAAUUAUCAUUCGUCCAUAUCAAUACCAAUUGCUAAAGCAUUAACACCAAUUGAUAAGAGCGAAGCAAUGAUACGUCGUAAUGAAUUUACUGAUGAUAAAACACAAUCUGCAUUUCCGGAAUCGAAUACGUUAAGAUUAAAAAGUUUAAAAAUUCACUCAAAUCCUGUAAAUAUCAAACCAAAAAUUUCCAAUUAUGGAAUAUCAUUAAAGAAAUUCGACCAACUAGAAGAAGAUCAACAAGGAUUAUCAUCAUUUGAUAUUCUACCUGAACAUGUUAUCACUGAUAAUAACAAUUUGAAAUAUGCGCCACGUAAAAUAUCAGACGCAUUAGCAUCAGCAUCAAAAACAUACGUUGCCGAUCAAUCACGCAAAAUAUUACAAAAUGGUAAUUUUCAUCAGGCAAGUGAUAAUGAUAGAGCUGCUGCUGAUAAAGCAUUGGAUUUAUUAUUGAAAGCGAUGUCCUCUGAUGACGAUGAUGAUGAUGGAAAUAAUAAUGAUAAUAUCGAUCAACCGACAAAGAAAUCAUUACCUAAUAAAAAUUUAUACGUUAAGGAAUCAAGCAAUACUGAAAUAGAAUUGGAGGAAAUAAACAAAAAUGUGGAAAGCUCAAAAAGUUUGAAAAAAACUACCGAAGAGUUAAAUAAGGAAAAUAAUAAUAAAAUGGAAUCACACUGGAAAGCGAUGAAUCUGAAUUUAGUACCCAGAGGACCAUUAACGUCAACUUUUACGCCGACAACAGCGCCUACGGUUAUUGAUCAAUCUCGAAUAUUUUUAGUUUCAAUGAAUGAAAAUGCUACAUCAAAUUGGUCAGAAUGGACAAAUUGGCAACGAUGUUUUUGUGGAAAACAAAUUCGUACACGAGUAUGUCACUAUGAAACGUCAUUUCUUGUAAAAGGAUGUCAAGGAAAAAGUUAUGAAUCACGUGAAUGCUAUGAACGUGAUCAUUGUCCAACGACAAUAGCGCCAGUACCAACUCGAGCAUCAUUCAUUUCAACAAAUAUUGAAUCAAAAAUUAGAAAAUCACCCUUACAUCAACCACUUUCCACUGCUACUGCACAAAAAACUACUGAUUUGAAGGAAAGAUAUUUUUCAACAUAUAAUAUAAGCAGUAAUAUUGGUCAAAUGAUUGCUGAAAAUGAUAAAUUACGAUGA